UAUUUUAAUGAUGGUAUGAUAGUUGCCGGCGCGACAUACGAACGACGACGGUACGCGCACUACGAGUAGGGCGCUGGUCGGCACCAAAAGCCCAGAAGAAGAUACGAACUCGUUGGCCAACGACACAACAUCGACGAGGAUAUUCAGAAACAAAGCAUAACGCGAGAGGAGAAUCGACAGGGGCGGUGUGUUUGAAACCUGAUUAAUAAUAAAAUUUUGAUAAUUUGAAGGAAAAAAAAAUUAUUAAUAAAGUUUAACGAACAAUUUAAGUGAAUCAAAGUUUUAUUAUAUAAAAGUGAUUAUUGAUUGUUUAAAAAAAAAAUACAUCAAUAAAUAAUAAUGUCGUCUUCAGCGGUUGCAAAAACCUCAAAAUAUACUUAUCGCAGCAGUGGAGGAGGAGGAGGAGGAUCGGCUGAUGUCAGCAUUGAAUACAGUGCCGAUCUUACUGCACUUUCUCGACUUGAGGACAAAAUUCGCUUACUUCAAGAUGAUCUUGAGUCCGAGAGAGAAUUACGCCAGAGAAUUGAACGUGAACGUGCUGAUCUCAGUGUUCAAGUAAUUCAAUUAUCUGAACGUCUUGAAGAAGCCGAAGGUGGUGCUGAAUCUCAGUUUGAAAUUAAUAAAAAAAGAGAUACUGAGCUUUUAAAGCUCCGUAAACUUCUUGAAGAUGUUCAUCUUGAGAGUGAAGAAACUGCUCAUCAUCUUCGUAAAAAACAUCAAGAAGUUGUUAUUGAUUUUCAGGAUCAAAUUGAUCAGCUGUCAAAAGCUCGUGCCAGGGCUGACAAGGAAAAAGCCAAGUUUCAACAAGAAGUCUAUGAGCUUUUAUCUCAAGUUGAAUCAAUAACAAAAGAAAAAAUAUUAUCAGUUAAAACUGUUGAAAAACUUGAAGUUCAUGUUUCGGAACUUAAUAUUAAGAUUGAAGAACUCAAUCGUACAAUUGUUGAUAUUACAAGUCACAAGACUCGUUUAUCACAAGAAAAUAUUGAGUUGGUCAGAGAAGUACAAGACCUAAAGGUAAAUAUGGAGAGUAUUGUUUACACUAAAACUCAAAUAGUUGGACAACUUGAAGAUGCACGUCGUCGUCUUGAAGAUGAAGAUCGUCGUCGUCAAUUAUUAGAGGCAUCACUUCAUCAAAUUGAAACUGAACUUGAAUCAGUACGUGUACAAUUGGAAGAAGAAUCAGAAGCACGUCUUGAUCUUGAACGUCAAUUGGUUAAAUCAAAUGGUGAAGUAUCAAUUUGGAGAUCCAAAUAUGAAACUGAAGCAGCUGCUCGUGCUGAAGAAGUUGAAGAAAUACGUCGUAAAUAUUCAUCACGUAUACAAGAACAAGAAGAACAAAUUGAAAAUUUACUUGUUAAGAUUAAUAAUCUUGAAAAACAAAAAUCACGUCUUCAAUCUGAAGUUGAAAUUCUCAUAAUUGAUCUUGAAAAGGCAAAUUCAACUGCUCGGGAACUUCAAAAGCGUGUUGAACAUAUUGAAAAAGUCAAUAUUGAAUUAAAAUCACGUCUUGAAGAGACUGUAACACUCUAUGAACAGAGUCAACGUGAUAUACGUAAUAAACAACAAGAACUCAUGCGUUGUAAUGCUGAACUUGAAAAAACACGUGAUUUGAAAGAACAACUUGCACGUGAAAACAAGAAACUUGGAGAUGAUUUGAAUGAAGCCAAGAAUCAAUUGUCUGACAUGAAUCGUCGACUUCAUGAAUUGGAACUUGAACUUCGUCGUUUGGAAAAUGAACGUGAAGAGCUUGCAGCAGCUUACAAAGAAGCUGAAGCUGGUCGCAAGGUCGAGGAACAACGCUCACAACGUUUGUCAGCUGAGAUUAGUACACUUCGUCACGAGACUGAUCGUCGUCUUGCUGAGAAAGAUGAAGAAAUUGAGAUCAUUCGCAAACAGACAAGCAUUGAGAUUGAACAACUUAAUGCUCGUGUUGUUGAAGCUGAAACAAAAUUGAAGAGUGAAGUUCAACGUAUCAAGAAAAAGCUUCAAAUUCAAAUAACUGAAAUGGAACUUUCACUUGAUGUUGCUAAUAAAAAUAAUCUUGAUUUGCAAAAGACAAUCAAGAAACAAUCACUCACUUUGACUGAACUUCAAGCUCAUUAUGACGAGAUUCAACGUCAAUUGCAAGUGACCCUAGAUCAAUUGGGUAUCAGCCAGCGCCGUCUUCAAUCAUUGACUGCUGAAGUUGAGGAAGUUCGUGGCAACUAUGAAUCUGCAUUACGUGCAAAGAGAACUGUUGAGCAGCAAUAUGAAGAAUCAGUAAGUCGCAUUAAUGAAUUGACAACAAUAAAUGUCAAUAUUGUCUCAUCAAAGGCAAAACUUGAACAAGAAUUAACAACACUUGCUGGUGAUUAUGAAGAAGUUACAAAAGAACUUCGUGUUAGUGAUGAAAGAUAUCAACGUGUUCAAAAUGAAUUGAAACAUACUGUUGAAAUACUUCAUGAAGAACAAGAACGUAUUGUCAAGAUUGAAUCAAUUAAAAAAUCACUUGAAAUUGAAGUUAAAAAUUUGUCUGUUCGUCUUGAAGAAGUUGAAGCAAAUGCAAUUGUUGGUGGUAAACGUAUCAUCAGUAAAUUGGAAGCAAGGAUUCGUGAUUUGGAAUUGGAACUUGAUGAAGAAAAACGUCGACAUGCUGAAACUGUUAAAAUAUUACGUAAAAAAGAACGUUGUGUUAAGGAAGUUAUGAUUCAAGUUGAGGAGGAUGCUAAGAAUAUUGCACUUUUACAAGAGGCACUUGAUAAAACAUCACAAAAAGUUAACAUUUACAAGAGACAAGUUCAAGAACAAGAAGGCAUGUCUCAACAAAGUGUUACAAGAGUACGUCGUUUCCAAAGAGAACUUGAAGCUGCUGAAGAUCGUGCUGAUUUUGCCGAAAGUAAUUUAUCAUUGAUUCGUGCUAAACAUCGUAGUUUUGUCACAACAUCAACUGUUCCUGGAUCCCAAGUUUAUCUUGUUCAAGAAUCAAGGCAGGAGAGCAUUAAUUAAUUUAUCAUUCAAUAUAAUAUUCAAAAAUCAAAAAUACAAACAAAAUGUUCCUGAUAUUUAAAAAAAAAUAAAAUAAAAUUACAAAAUAAAAUAAACAAUGAAAAAGUUAUAUUUAAAAAACAAAAAAAAAUUAUAAUUAAUAUAUAAUUAAUGCCUCAAUUGUCAUCAAUAAAAAUCAUCGAUAUUAUCAUCAAAUUAUUAUUAUUAUUACUAUUAUUAUUAUAUAUUUAAACAUAAAAUAUAUUUAAAUUUUUUUUUUCAUAAUCUUCGUUUUAUUCUUUAUUUAUUAAUCAACGAAAAUCAUAAGUUUAAAAAUGAAAAAAAAGAAAAAAAAAACAAAUAAAUAAAUAAAUAAAAUUAUUGAUUGUUUAUCAUUAAAAAAAUAUCAUCAAAAAUAUUUUUUUUUUUUAAAUUCAAAUAAAAUUUUUAAAUAUCAAGAGGCAACCAAUUAAUUUGGCUUGAUUAAUGUAAUAUCCUUCUUAUAAAAAAAAAAAAAAAAUGAAAAAAAAAAAACAAAAAAAUGGAAAAAUAUAUAUUAUAAUAUUUUUUUUUUCGUGUGAUGGUUACAUUUUUUUUUUUUCCAACUAUGUAUGACAAUUAACACAUGUCCUUUCCAUCAAAUUUGUAAAAAAAAAAUUAUUCUAUUUUUAUAAAAAAAAUAAUAAUAAAACAGUGAGAUUAAUCAAGACCGGGUCACGAUGAUAACAAUGAUAAUUAAAUUAUUUUGUUUGCAAAUGAAAAAGCAAAAUGAAUUUGUUUUUUUUUUUUUUUUUUUUUAAACCCA